AUGCACACACCUGACACAUUCAUCGGAGAUGAAGGUUAUUUUAAUUCACUGAGGAAAAGAGCCUCAAAGCUCCAGGCAGCGGGUGCACUGCCUUGGUAUUUGAAAGAAGAAACUGUCGGUCCCGAGGGAAAUGAUGGACCCUGUGAAUCCGAAUACUACACAUCUGGCUCCUCUCUUGACUCAGCCUCUUGUGUUGAGAUCUUCAAGAAACAAAAGCAUAUUGGAGAGCCUGGUAAUCUUCCCCAGAAGGAAUUAGAAAAUACCUCUACCUCAGAUUACUCCUCCUCUCUCUCUGACUACGAGAAUAGCGAAAUCACCGAGUUACCUGAAGAUGUUCCUCGUGUUGGGGCCCUUGAGAUGACUCCACCCCAGGUCUGGGAGGAGCGGGAAGCUUCCUCGUCCUCUCCCUCCUCCUCCUCCUCUCCCUCUGUCUCCUCCUCUCCCUCCUCCUCCUCCUCCUCUCCCUCCUCCUCCUCCUCUCCCUCCUCCUCCUCUCCCUCCUCCUCCUCCUCCUCUCCCUCCUCCUCCGCCUCCUCCUCUACCUCCUCUCCAGUCCCUGUGAGUCAGCAGGGUGAGUCCUCUCUGUUACCACAACACAUGGACACAGCACCCAUCAGGGAAAUUUAUUACAGGCGUGUUUUUCUGAAAAGAGAUGUGACUGUCUGGUGGGGUGGGGUGGAAGUGUUGGAGCCCGCGUCCAAAAAGACCAAACUGGUGCAGUGUGUUUUUUCUCAAGCGGCCCAAAAAACAUCUGGGGCCUUUUUAACACCAGAAAGCCAGAAUGCUUUUCUGAGAAGACCCUCUUAUGUGUCUCCACCAAAACGCCUCACUGACAUGGAGUGCAGCUCGUAUAACAAUGCCCUGCAGGGAGGGAGCUGGCUGGCAGUGCAGGGGAGCCUCCAGCACAGGAGGAGGGCUCCAGGGCCAAGACACCCGAGGGGCUGGGGACCCCGGACAGCGGCUUCAGGUGCCUGGGCUGCUACCAGGUUUUCCGCAGCUUGGAGGUCCUGCAGGCGCACGUGGAAAAUGCGGCCUGUGAGCGCUUCAGCUGCCAUGUUUUCAACCGUGCCUUUGCAGAGAUGCUCAGCAAGCACAAGAAGAGAGCCCGAGAGCUGGGAGGAGAAAAUCAGGAUGAGAACGUUUACCUGCCAGACCAAAAACGUUCUCGCAAUAAGACAUCCUCCUGGAAGUAAACAGACGUAUCAGGCCCCAGAAAAGUGAAAGUGAAGCAGGCCAGCCUCUACUGAGCCACCACUACUGGCCCUUUCAGCUCCUCUUUUUUGAAGGACUUGGCUGUU